AUGUCACUACCGUUUCAAGAUAAAGUUGCCUUCGUGACUGGAGGCGCAUCUGGGAUCGGUUUUGCCAUAGCUCGAAAACUUGCGGAACUUGGCGCCAAAGUGGCUAUUGGCGAUGUCAAUCUCGCCUCAGCAAUUGAGGCAGCUGCGUCUGUGGGCAAGUCUUGUCUGGCGGUGGGAGUGGAUGUGGCAGACGAACGUUCUGUCCGAGAUGCAAUCUCCCAGGUCGAGGAUCGGUUUGGAGGACUCCAUUUGGCUGCCAACUGUGCUGGUGUUCAAUUGCCUGUAGGUCCGAUUGCCGACCUCGGCGCAAGCAACAUAGCAAAGACCUUGGAUAUCAAUCUAAAGGGCAUGAUAUACUGCCUGAAACACGAGGUCACUCUCAUGAAGAAGAAUGGGGGACUAGGAGGCGCGAUCGUCAACAUUGCAAGCGCGGCCGCAUCACAGCCUCUCGCUUACAACGGACCUUAUUCGGCGUCGAAAGCCGGCGUGGUUGCAAUCACCAAGUCGGCGGCCGCUGAGGUCGCUCCAGAUCACAUCAGGAUCAACUCGAUCUCUCCAGGCUACAUCGACACACCCAUGAUGCGGCGGGUGAAUAUCGACACCGACUUUGCGGCCGCGAGGACACCGAUUGGAAGAUGCGGCGAGCCAGAGGAUGUCGCCGACCUGGCAACAUUCCUUUUGAAUGAUGGAGCCAAGCAAAUUCACGGUAUCGACGUUCCCAUUGACGGGGGUAUGCUCCUCGGCCAGAUGGUGAAGCCGCCAGGUUACUAG